CUCAGUCCUCCUCAAUGGAUGGUUUACGCCCACAUUUCUCUGCAAAUGCAUUCAUCGCUCGCCUUCUCUCGCUCCUCCGAUGGAACGACUGAACUUCCGCAACCUUCACGGCCUUUGGCGGUCCAUCUACGCACACUCCUCGCUCGCCUGUCCUCACUCAUUCACCGCUUUGCACCUGAAAGUGAUGCACCAAAUGAACUUCAGCAACCCUCCUGGUCCCUCCACGUCUUCCCGGUUAUAUCCACACGUGUUCCUGGAUCGCCUUUCCUCACUUUUUCCCCGAUCUCGACUCAAUACCGACGAAGAAGUCGAACAUCGUCCAACAAUGCUUUCGAGCUCACCUCCAGAUGGAAGGUUCAUCAGCCGGCUCUCCUCACUCUUCCGCUCUCAACCUCACACCAACGAAAGAAUAGAACUUUCGCAACGUCCAAGUCGUCCUCAUGUUGUCGACGUGGCUGCAGUGCGAGACAAGCAGAGUUUGGUUGUUACUCGGAGGCCAAAUUGUAAGAAAGCAAAACGAGCAUAUGAGCAACGAAACAAAUUGCACGCUCAAGCCCAGGCAUCGUCAUCGGGCACUCAGCCUGCCCAUGUUUCAACAUUAGCGACACCUCCUGUUCCAGGUACUAACACUACCACAAUAGGUGCAGCAACCUCACAGUCACAACCCAUCCCAUGGUGGGGUCAGAUCGUGCUAUUUCUCUGCUGUGCAUCUCCACCACAUGCCAAUAGUCAUUGAUACAAUUAACGUUGCAGCAUUUGGACAACCACUUCACCUUUGCUUCUAGUGAUUCUGCACCUAUGUCUCUUUCCUUAUGUCUUUGAAUACACGACCAAUCUCGUUUCCUCGUCACAAGCCUCG